GCUGCUCUGACAUCCCUGAGCCGUCCAGGCAGCCGAGGGCAAAGGGUCAGGGGUCGUCACGGGGUCCCGGCAUCCCCAGGCAGCCCAUUCUGCCCCAGCUGUGACACGCUGCAGGGCCCACGGUUUGGGGGGCAGGCGGCCCAGCAGGUGUUUGGGCAGGUGGUAUCCAGGCAGGCAGGGGAGGGAUAGGCAGAGGUGUUUGUUUUCUUCUAUCAACACUUCCUCAUACGUCGGAUGAAGAAAGCGAUGGGCCUGGCUGGCCGUGAGCCAGGCGGCAUCUUCCAGUUCUCUGGAGCUCUGACCAGCCAGAGGAGCAUGUGGGAUCAGGCUUCCCCGGCACCACAGAACACCAGGUGCUGCUGUUUGGAGAAGGGCUGUCGCAGGGCGGCAGGGUCUCCAGGAGCGGGCACGGGGGCUCCCUGCAGCUCCCUCCUGCCCUUGGGGCUUUGAGUGCAGCCCGAUUUGCGGACAGAUGCCCACAUGCUCCGGAGGUACCUUUCCCCAAAUCCCAGCAGCUCCGGCUUCUCUCAGCCCUGGUCUCUGAGGCCUGGGCCAUGUCAGGUCCUGGCUGCCAGCAGAUGCCAGUGGACAGGCUUCCACCUGGCUGCCCAUGGCCCCACACAGCGUGUUCACCCGGCAAGCCGCCUGCGGCACCGGUGUGGCCGUCCCUCCCCCUCCUCCCGCCACCACGCACGAGGAACGUCUCCCCGCGGUGACGAAUCCAGCUGAAUCCGGGCGCAGGCUGCGAUGCAGUCAGUCACCAAGGGAGAUUGUACCACGUGCAUCCCAGCAGCCACGGGGACGGGUACCAGGGCUUCCCUGCUGGGUCCCCCACAGCCCCCCAGGCUUGGCUCUGCUCUACAGGGGCUCUGGCCUGCCUGGGUGGGAUGGAAAGCACCCCUCGGACAUGGCCCUGUACAGAUCCACCUGCAAAGGGUUGCCUGGCUGCCCCUGAGGGAUGUACUCAGGGGUCAGGGUGCUCACUGGCAGAGAGUCAGGGGUGACACCUUUAGCUGCAGCCAAGGAGAUGGGAGCUGCGGCCAGUGGACCCAGAGCAGGGCUGAUGCUGGUGGAUGUCCCCUAGCUGGCUUGUGAGCCAGUAAUUCCAGGGCCAUGCCCUGGGGGUGGCAGCCUGUCCUGGGAGCAGCCCAGUCCUGUCCCAGCAUGGCGCUGCCCUCCCACCACUGAUCAUUAACAACCCUUAUCAGGUGGUGGGUUCAAGGACCCACACAGGGACUGUUGUCCCCAGGUUGAGCAGAGCUGGAGCCAUGCUGGAAGCAUCAAGGCUUGGACCUGCUGACUGCUGCUGCAAUAGCCCUGCAGCUCGUCAGAGCUCUGUGCUUGUCAGUUGCCCCUGUCCCUGCUGUCCUCAAAAGGCCCACCAGGCCCUACACGCAUCUCUGGGGUGGGUGGGUGAUGUGCCAGUCUGUGCCAGGGGUCAGUGCCUGGUGUGCUUAGUGCUGCCAGAGGACAUGUGCCUGGAGACACCACCCCAAGCCAUCUGCAGAGCACCUCAAGGAUGGUGCCAGCCUGGGGGGUCAAAUGGAGGUGCUUGGGCCCAGCUAGUGCUGAGGGGUCCCUGAGAUGGGUGCAGAGCAUGCUGGACACAGGGCAGCACCAGGGCAGGGAGGGGCUGAUCCAGCCCUAGCACUGGCCCUGUCUCAUUCACCCUGUCAUGCUCUGGUGCAUCGCAGCUGAUGUCCCGGCGCAUUUACGGCCCCAUCUGGAAGUCAACCUUUGGGCAUUAUGAGAACAUCAACAUUGGGAGCCCGGUGGUGCUGGAGCAGCUGCUACGGCAGGAGGGCAAAUACCCCAUGCGGAGUGACAUGGCCCUGUGGAAGGAGCACCGGGACACCAGGCACCUGCCCUACGGACCCUUCACUGAGGAAGGGGAGCGCUGGUACCGCUUGCGCCAGGUCCUCAACAAGCGGCUGCUGAAGCCCUCGGAGGCGGUGCUGUACGCGGACGCCAUCGGGGAGGUGGUGUCGGACCUGAUGGUGCGGCUGCGGGACGAGCGGAGCCAAAGCCCCUCAGGGGUGCUGGUGGGGGACGUGGCCAACUUGCUCUACCGCUUCGCCCUGGAAGGGAUCUCCUAUAUCCUCUUUGAGACCCGCAUCGGAUGCCUGAAGCGACAGGUCCCUGCCGAGACCCAGCACUUCAUUGACUCCAUCAACCUUAUGUUCAAGAACUCCAUCUUUGCCACUGUCCUUCCCCGGUGGAGCCGCAAGGUGCUGCCCUUCUGGGACCGCUACCUGGACAGCUGGGACACCAUCUUUGCCUUCGGCAAGACUCUCAUUGACCGAAAGAUGGUGGAGCUGGAGGGGCAGGUGGAGCGGGGCAAGGAGGUGUCUGGCUACCUGAGCUACCUGCUGGCCAGCGGCAGGCUCAGCCUGGACGAGGUCUACGGCAGCGUGGCCGAGCUGCUGCUGGCUGGUGUGGACACGACCUCCAACACGCUGUCCUGGGCCCUGUACCACCUCUCCCGUGACCUGGGCAUCCAGGAGACACUGUACCAGGAGCUGAAAGCCGUUGUGCCUGCCAACCGGUUUCCUGGUGCUGAGGAUAUACCCAAGAUGCCAAUGCUUCGGGCUGUUAUCAAGGAGACACUGAGGGUCUACCCUGUGGUGCCCACCAAUGCCAGGGUCUUCUAUGAGAAGGACAUUGUCAUCGGAGACUACCUCUUCCCCAAGAACACUCUCUUUGUCCUGGCACACUACGCAAUGUCCCAUGAUGAGACCUACUUCCCUGAGCCUGAGCGGUUCCUGCCCCAGCGCUGGCUCCGGGGCCACGGCUCCCCCCACCACCCCUUCAGCUCCAUCCCCUUCGGCUACGGGGUCCGUGCCUGCGUCGGCCGCCGCAUCGCCGAGCUGGAGAUGCACCUGGCCCUUGCCAGGAUCAUCCAGGCAUUCGAAGUGCGGCCGGACCCCCGCGGUGUGGAGGUGACGUCCGUGUCCCGCAUUGUCCUGGUGGCCGACAAGCCCAUCAACCUGGAGUUCAUCGCUCGCCCAGGGGCCCCCUGACUGCUGGGUGCUGAGUGGGGACCCCCGCUGCCCCAGGAGGAGGGGCAGGAAGGCAAACCCACCCUAGCACCCACCUCCUGCCCAGCUUGGGCCAGGGAGCUCCCAGCCCCACUGUGGGGAAGAUGAGGUGGAUAAGGGAUACCCCCAAUUUGUCCCUGGGGCACUAGUAUCCCCCUACCCCAAAUCAGCAGGAUGCUUGGGGAACUGCUGUGCCUUUCACACACCGCAAGGGGUUGUAUCCCCCCCAUCCUGUGCCCAGCUGGGCUGUGUCGGGGACCUGGGAGCUCUGCCAGGGUGGGGGGGAAGCGGGGAGGGGGCUUGCAGCCAUUCGGUGUCUCCUUCGUCCCGUCCUUGUGUAGCUGCGUGUGGAUCUGUGCCUGAAGCCAGGACGUCUGGGUCCUCUCUGAACAGCUGACCUUGGCCUCAG